AUGGCAACUUAUUCAUCCAUUGAAGUUGAACCACCAAUUGAAACUCCAACUCUAUCACCAACUAAAACUCCAACUGAAACUCCAACACAAUCACCAACUGAAUCACCAACUCUAUCACCUACUGGAUCACCAACUGAAUCACCAACACUAUCACCAACUCUAUCACCAACCGAAACACCAACUCAAACACCAUCUGAAACACCAACUCAAACACCAACUCUAUCACCAAUUUAA